GGUGUGUGGUCAAAAUUGUAUGAUCAUUGCUUUCAACGAAAUAAAAUUGCAUGAUAAUCUAAAACUAACACAUCAUUACUCCACAAUUCGUUUUUAACCAUUCACAUCUUUCAAUGUCAUCACAAAUAGUGUUACCAAGCUUCAUCCAUUUUUCUUGCCAAACCCCCCAAAACACUUUACUCUUCAAACACAAACACCGUUCUACACAAUUCUCCACUUGCAAAAUUUCUCCUUUAUCAUCCUCUUUCUCUUCCAUGGCUACCAAUUUAAAUGCUUCACAAUUGGAUUCUUCUUCUUCUCUUUCAAUUGGACAAACUGAUCUUUUAAUAGUUGGUCCUGGUGUUCUUGGUCGUUUAGUGGCCCAUCAAUGGCGUCAGGAAUAUAAGGGUUGUCAAGUUUUUGGACAAACUAUAACCACUGAUCAUCAUGAGGAGUUGAUUCAAUUGGGCAUAAGUCCCUCUUUGAAUUGGACUAAAUUUCAACACAAGUUUCCCUAUGUGAUUUUUUGUGCUCCUCCUUAUCAAUCCUCGGAUUACCACGGUGAUCUUAAGCAGGCUGCAUCAUGCUGGAACGGUGAAGGUUCCUUUCUGUAUACAUCAAGUUCUGCUCCAUAUGAUUGUAACGACAAUGGUUUAUGUGAUGAGGACACUCCGGUUGUGCCGAUUGGGAGGAGUCUAAGGACCGAUGUCCUUUUAAACGCUGAAAGCAUCGUGCUCGAGUUUGGCGGUUCAGUUGUUAGACUAUCUGGACUUUAUAAAGAAGGUAAAGGUGCGCAUGCUUAUUAUUUAGAGAAGGGGAUUGUUGAAUCUCGACCCGACCACGUCUUGAAUCUCAUACAUUAUGAGGAUGCAGCUUCGCUCUCAGUUGCAAUCUUGAAGAAACAUUUUCGUGGAAAGAUUUUCUUAGGCUGUGAUAAUCAUCCUUUAUCCAGGCAAGAAUUGAUGGAUCUAGUCGAAAAAAGUGGAAAAUUUAGUAAAAAGUUCGAGAAAUUCACAGGAACCAAUGAUCCUCUUGGUAAGAGAUUAAACAACUCAAAAACGCGGCAGGAAGUAGGGUGGGAGCCCAAGUAUUCUAGCUUUGGUCAUUUUCUCGAGACCUUAUGAUCAACUUCUGAGUGUAUCUUUUGAGUUUGAAAUCAAAUCAAUAUUUUCACCAUGUUGAUAUUGUAUAUAGAACAUUAUCAUUCAUUUCUUAAAUAUGUGUUUUCUCUGCUCUUCUACUUGGAGUUACAGUUCAAAUUUACUUUUAAGGUGAACACUGAGCAUUGAUAAGUCAUAAUACUACAGAAGGACAUGUGUGAAUCAUUUUGAUUAAGCAUACUCAUGAAAUAGUAUCAUUGCAUUUUCCAUA